ACUACGGAAAAUUAUGGCUGGAGAAAAGACACCUCACUUCGAGACCUUGCAGUUGCAUGCUGNNUCCUAUGUCUUCAAUGACUCUGCGCAUGGAGCUCGUCUGUUCGGCCUAAAGGAGGCAGGAAACAUAUACAGUAGAAUCAUGAAUCCCACCGUCGAUGUCUUUGAGAAACGCAUCGCAGCCCUAGAAAAUGGAGUUGCAGCUGUCGCGGCAUCCUCUGGUCAAUCGGCUCAAUUCAUGGCAAUUGCAGCACUCGCUCACGCUGGAGACAACAUCCUCUCGACUUCCAACCUUUACGGUGGAACUUACAACCAGCUCAAGGUCUUCUUGCCGAGACUGGGCAUCAAGACGAAGUUUGUGAACGGCGACAAUGCAGAAGACUUCAAGAAGGUUAUUGACGACAAGACCAAGGCCGUGUACAUUGAGAGCAUUGGAAACCCGCGAUACAACGUACCGGACUUCGAGGCAAUCGUCAAAGUUGCGCAUGAGGCUGGUAUUCCAGUCAUAGUCGACAACACAUUCGGUGCAGGUGGAUACUUCUGUCGUCCGAUCGAUCACGGAGUCGAUAUUAUUGUUCACAGCGCGACCAAAUGGAUCGGCGGACAUGGUACUACGGUUGGAGGAGUAGUUGUUGAUGCCGGCCGUUUCGAUUGGGGCACUCCAGAGGCCAGGAAGCGCUUCCCAGAGAUGAGCGAGCCUUCGGAAGGUUUCCACGGCCUCAAGUUCUGGGACAUUUUCGGCAAGCUAGCUUUCAUCGUCCGAGUCCGUGUCGAGAUUUUGCGCGAUGGUGGUAUGGCUCUCAAUCCCUUUGCUGCACAGCAACUAUUGCUGGGUAUCGAGACUCUGAGUCUACGCUGUGAAAGACACGCUCAAAACUCACUUGCACUGGCUCAGUGGCUUGAGAAGAACGAAAAUGUUUCUUGGGUCAGCUAUCCCGGUCUCCAGAGCCACUUCAGCCACGAUUUGGCCAAGAAAUAUCUACCAAGAGGAUUCGGAGGUGUGCUAUCUUUUGGCGUGAAAGGUGACGUCGACGCCGGUAGUCAGGUUGUCGAUGGCUUCAAGUUAAUAUCGAACCUUGCAAAUGUUGGUGAUGCAAAGACACUAGCAAUUCGUGAGUAUCUGGGAGGAUACGUGUUUCUUGCGCUCAUGCUAACCUUGUUUCACAGAUNNCCUUGGAGUACCACUCAUGACCAGUUGAGUGAUGAGGAAAAGAUAAACAGCGGAGUUACCGAAGACCUCAUCAGAAUUUCUGUUGGCAUUGAGCACAUAGACGACAUCAUUGCCGACUUCGAGCAGUCGUUUGAGGCCUCGAAGGCUGGACCCAAGGGUCGAGAUCGCCCGGAGAAUGCUGACAAGAAGCCUGAUGCAGACGAGCCUACAAGACUCGAGGUU